AUGGAUUCUAAAAACUCCGGCGACGUCCUGUGGACACUUUCCCAGCACUAUCUCCACAUCAUGCAGCAGUUCCUCACGACGUGCCUCGUCCAAAAACGACCAGCUUCCAACGAUUCCGACGCCCCUGCGGAAGACAUCCUCAAUCCACGGGAGCAAAUCCAGUUCUUCACGGCGGUCGACCGGAUCCGCCAGUUUACGGUCAGUCUGUACCUGCCGAAGGAGCUGCGGGGACUGACCCGGUGCGACUUGAUUUUGAUGGUGCAGCUGGAACCGGAGGAGGGGAUGAGGAGGUUGCGGUACUGCUUGGGCGCUUUUAGGAGGUUGUUUGAGUUUCGGGCGGUUGCGGUGGAGAAAAGAUUGGAGUAUUGCGUGCUGGAGUACAUUGCUGGGACGUUUGGACUGUGUUUGAUGGAGGGAGGUUUCGGUGGGUUGCGGGAUAACGAAUUGUUCAAAGGUUUCGAGCUGUUCUCUUUGGAUGCGAUUUUCAAGACUUUGCUGAUCAUCAAAGGAAGUCCAAAUGUUUCGCUGGAACUGGCCAAACAAAUUCACCUGGAGCUGUUGCGGCAAACUGGUCAGCCGGGAGGCUUUCCCGUGCUUUGCCGGACGCUGCUGACCAACGUGCCCUCGGACGAAACGCCCACCUGGAAGAAGAGCGAAGUGAUCGCUAAAAUUGUUGCAAGUAAAGGCCACACAAAGGCGUUCUACCGCCAGGUGUUGAAGGAUUGCUUCACCUUUUACGAGACCUCCUUGCUGAGUGGCGAGCAGGACAAUCUGACCUACGUCGGAACGUGCAUCGAGUGUCUGCGGCAGAUGUAUCAGCUUCCGGCGGCGUACGAGGAGUUGAGACGGACCAUUCGGGUGUACUUUGUGGCGCGAUUUGACGUCCUCGCGCAGCCAAAGGACUUGCUGAGUGGGUCGAUUGUGGUGGAGCGGUCGGAACUGGUCACCGGGCUGUAUCUGAACUACAUGGCCUUUAGCGGAUCUUCGUGCAGUUCGCUGAACUCGUCGAUAUUGGUGCCUUAUUUGCAGAUGUUUUUGAAGUUGUACUCGCUGCUGCCGUUGGGUGAGCUGGACGAGAGGAAUUAUUUGCAGACGUUGGUCGUUUUUUGUCUGGCGAAUCGGGAAAAGGCGGAGCUGGAGUCGGUGCUGAGGGAUUUGCUUGUUGGAUCUGAGGCAGACGAAGCCAUGAAAAAGUUUCAUUCCCGGAUUUAUUUGAAGAAUUUGGAGGGAGAAGAAAAGUAUUCGCUGCAAGUUGGACCAGGAUCAGAUGACGAUUCGGAAGAGGACAGUUUAGGUCCAAUUUUGGUUGAAAUUUUGAAGGCGUCAAAUCGAAAUCUUCUCAUCUACGACGUAUUCGUUGUUCUUUUGAAGCUGUUUGAUGAGAUAACUUCGAAAUCUUCCGCGAAUCUACUACUCGACGCGGAAGAACAGGACGCUUCCAACCGCAAGCUAUUCUUCAAAAAGUACGUCCUUAUCCAAGCCCUGACGGAUCUCAUCAGUCACCGUCACUUCCACGCUCAACUGUACGAAAACCCAGCGGAAAUCCUAACCUUCAUCAAAUCAACACUCGAGCGAGCUCUGGAAGGAAAGACCCAAUCCGAAGACCUCCUCGAAGUCAUGCUGUCCAUCUUCCAAGAAUACCUGCGACGGUUACAAACCCGAGACGACGUUCAGCAGAUCGUCAAGCUUCUCCAACGUUACAAAAGCUCCAAAUUUUACACCCCCCAACUUCGAACGCAGAUCGAGCACAUUUGCAAAGAUCCAAACUCAGUUCAACCCCCCGACCAGGACCUCACCCCCUACGCCAACGCCACCAGCCUCUGCCUGGAAAAAGAACCCUACUGCAAAGUGUACGGCACCACCCUGCUGAUCAAGCUGCUCAAAGAGCGCGACCCGGAAACAACCGCCAACAAACACGCCGUGCUCAUCCUCGCCCUGGACAACCUCAAAUCGGUCGAAAGUUACGCCUUCCUCAACUCGGUCCGUCUGCUGGUUGCUCUCUGCGAUACGGUGCUCGAAGCGGACACGCUGGACGCGUUAAUCCGGGAGUACCAGCGCGCCGACAACGAGCUGGACUUCCGGCUUAAGGUGGGCGAAGCGGCGCUCAAGACGGUGGACGCGAUGGGACCGGUGGCGUUCAAGUAUCGCGAGCAGCUGGUGAAUUGCUUCCUGCACGGAUGCAAGAGCGGGGUGGACGAGUUUCGCGCGUCGAGCCUGGCGAACCUGGGGAAUGUGUGCAAGAUUCUGUCGUAUCAGGUGCAUAACUUCUUCUAUGAGAUGUUCCUCGUCAUCAAAUGCACCAUCGAAACCGACCAAUACCUCCCCGCUCGUCGCGCCGCCAUCUUCGUCCUCGCCCAACUGCUCGAAGGCAUAGACAACCUGCUCACCCUGGAGGACUACCUUCUGCUCGUGUACCGCUUCCUCAAGCACAUAAUCUCAACCGAACUCGACGACGUAACCCAGCUGCAAGCCGCCGUCGCGCUGGACCAUCUGAACGCGCGGACGAAGGAAUUUCUCAGCGCCGCACAGGAAACAGGGAAGCUGGAGAAGGAAAUUCGGAUAUUUGGCAUCAAGGAGGAAGAAGCGGAACGACGGCGCAAGGCGGCCAAAGGCGCCGACAGCGUGCUAAUCAAGAUGUUGGAGUAAAAAAAAAAUUCGCAUUCAAAAAGUUGUUAUAAAUAUAUUUGAAAAAUUCUCUACCCAAACCGGAAAUGGAUUUUUUUUU